UUGAUACUUUGAUAGUAAUUUGUAAUUUAUUUUUACAUAAAUGUUUUAACCGUAUUUCAAGUUUUCUACACUACGAAAAGUUGUAAAAUUUUUAUCUCAUUAAUAAUUAUAAUUUAUAAAAUAGAAAAUGGAAAAUAUGAUGUUUAACAAAGAUCAAGAAAUGGAAUCCUCUAGUUAUAAAGACUUCUCUCAAGAAGAUUUGUUUUUAGCUCCAGAACCAAAAAGAUCAAAUGACCAACAUAAUUCUUCUGAUAUAUUUGGGAAAAAAAAGAAGAACAAAAGUAAAAAACAAAUCGAAGCAGAAGAAAGAGAAAAAAUGAGAGUUCUUGUAUCAAACUUCACCGAAGAACAAUUAGAUAGAUAUGAAAUGUUCAGAAGAUCAGUAUUUCCUAAAGCAGCAAUUAAACGGAUUGUUCAAACCAUUACUGGAAAUUCUGUUUCUCAAAAUGUUGUAAUUGCUAUGUCAGGUAUUGCAAAAGUUUUUAUUGGUGAAAUAGUUGAAGAAGCCCUUGACAUAAUGGAAGCUCAAGAAGAUUCAGGACCAUUACAUCCCAAACACUUAAGAGAAGCUGUACGGCGGCUAAGAAAAACUGGAGCUAUUCCAUCUUCCAAAGGUAGAAAAUUGCCUUUUUAUAUUUAGAUACCUAAUAUAAAUUUAACUCCAUGUAUGUACAACAAUUGAUAAUAUUUUUUUUUAAUUUAGCAACUAAUGUAAAUUAUUGAUUGUAUAUAUCUGACUACAUUUAUAGUAGAUAAUUAUUAAUGAAGCAUAUAAUUGUAUUAAGAGAAAUUUAUCUAUUUAUGACGUUUAUAAAAAAUAUUUCAAACAUCAAAAAAUUGUG